GUUGCGCUGGCACGCCUUUAACCCUGCAGCAGCGGCUGGACAUUCUUAUAGGAGUGGCGCGCGGGUUGGAGUAUCUCAACACAUUCGGCAUCGUGCAUCGCGGUCUCAACCCCUCCAACAUUCUUCUGGAUGCCCGCAUGCGCGCGAAGAUCGCAGGGUUUGACUCGGUGGCGAGCAGUGCGGCAGUGAGUGAGGGCGAGCGGUUAGUACUAUCCACCACGGGCGUGCGUGGCUAUGUGGACCCGCACCUGCUGCUCUCCCACGAGCCCUCCCCCACCAACGACCUCUACAGUCUGGGGGUGGUGGUGCUGGAGUUGCUGUCAGGCCGCCGUUCCCUCACUCCAAGACAAACCACGGCGCAGACCUUCAGAGAGAGU